AUGGGUUCUUCAAAUUCUUCUGAUAAUAAUGAGUUGAAACUACCAUUGGGGUAUAUGUUUGCACCAACUAAACCAGAAAUUAUGAUCUAUUUGAAGGGCAAGAUUUUAGGCCAACCGCUUCCAUCUGAUAUAAUCCCUACUGUCGAUGUCUAUUCCACCAGCCCCGAGGAGCUUCCAUUCAGUAAGUUUAAGUACGGUAGCGGGGUUAGGUGGUAUUUUUUCACCACCAAGUCGAAACACGAUGUUGUCACAAAGGAUGGUUAUUGGAAUUCUCUAUCGGAUGAAGAAAUUGUUGCAGAUUACAAAGUAAUCGGUUUCAAGCGAAAGCUGGUUUUUUAUCAUGGAAACCCAGGGUCAGGGACAAAGACUCGUUGGAUGAUACGUGAAUACAGUGCACACACCAAUAUAUUUGCAGCUAGCGAACUUGAUGAAAGUACUAAAGAGAAGAUAUCAAAUAUUGUAAUGUGUAAGGUUUUUGAAGAAGAGGAUGACCCAACCAUGUCUGAGCAAACCAAUAUUUCAGAAAGCACAUCAAGUGAUGGAAGUGCAGAUGAAGGGAGGGAUACAAAACACUACAGGGAGUGCUCAGAUCCAGAAAGUAUCAUCAAUAGUAAAUUAUCGUUAUUAGAUUAA